AUGUCGACCACCAACAGCACGAGGGCUCCCACUUUGCCGCUAAGCCCUCGCAUUACUCUAGCGUUUUUAAUGGGCUUACUAGCUUUUGCUAUAAUGCUGGGAAAUGCUGUGGUCAUUCUAGCUUUCGUGGUGGACAAAAAGCUUAGACAUCGAAGUAAUUACUUUUUCCUUAACUUGGCCAUUGCUGACUUCUUUGUUGGUAUGGUCUCCAUCCCUUUGUACAUCCCUCACUUGCUGUUCGAUUGGGACUUUGGAAAUGGACUCUGUGCAUUUUGGCUCAUUGUUGACUAUCUUUUGUGUACAGCAUCUGUGUAUAACAUUGUUCUCAUCAGCUAUGAUCGAUACCAGUCAGUCUCGAAUGCUUUGAGGAACUCCAGUCGAGAAAGGCAUUUCAUGGCAGAUUGUUCCAUUAUUAGUGAUGUGGAUGUGAAGUUUGAUCACUUGGUUAAGGUGGUAGCAGCCAGAUCGCUCCAUUGUAAAGGACGUUUUCCCAAGUCUCCAUGGCUUAACAACCUCAUUUGUCAAUAUGAAGCACUCAUAGGUCAGUAUCUCCCACUUGAUGAAAUAGUUUAUUUCCAGCAAAUUUGGCUGCAAGGAGAGGCCAUCCAGAGUGUCCACAAUGUCACCGGAGGAGACAAAACCAUUCAUGGUUCAGCAGCAGCACACCAAGAAAACAAUACCUCCCCAAACAGAUCAAACCGCUGCUCAUCAAUCUGGUGCAAGCUGCAGGUUGCCUGA